CUUCAACCUUUCUCUCACACUCACCAACAAUGUCCAAACCAAAAGUCGUGGUGUACACCACGCCUCCUCUUACUCCCCUUCCGGCCUCGGACAGCGAGUCAAUCUACCUCCUAGCGACCGUUCGCGCCGGCGGCAUCAACCCAGGCGUCCAAACGGCCGACUGGGCGGCCAACGGCAAGGCCUAUGUCGCACAGAACGACGCGGCCAUCCCGACCGGCUCCCUCUCGUACCUCUCCGGCUGGAACGAUCCCGAUGCGGACCUCAGCCCCGCGCAAGCCGCCGACGCGGACGUGUGGAAGGCCUACAUCGACGGGCAGAUCACCGACCUCGUCAACCACUCGCUCUACUCCCUUCCACCAAACUACCCCGUCAUCAGCGCGGCGCAGCUCGCGGCGUGCCCCUUCCCGACGAACCUGUACGUCCCGCAGCGGUUGAAGGGCAUCGUCAAGGCACGCCUCGACGCGGUCGGGCUGUGGGGUGUCGGCGGACUCAACUAUGGCGACGCGGCAGAAGAGGACCGUAAGCGCCUCGAGGACAGCUUUGUCGUCGGCCCGGGAGGCACAAAGACGGACCGCGCUUGGUCGGGAUGGAACUCGGGCAGGGAGACCGCCGAGCGUCAGCGCAAGUUUGGCGAGGAGACUAUCCUCCAGCGUGCCCGGACAGCAUUUGACCCAUUGGUGCGCAAGCUGGGCCGUGACAAGUUCUUCUUUGGCUCCAGGCCCUCGUCGCUCGACCUGGCUCUAUUCUCUCAGCUCACGCUGGUCCUAUCGACCAACCUCCCCAACCCGCUGCUGUCGAAUCUGUUGAGGGAAACGUACCCCGUCCUCGUCGCGCACCACGACGCGGUGCUGAGCGCCGUCUUCCCCGGCGGCUGGGGCGCGGUGCAGCGCCUUGCUCCCCCUCCCCAGCCGAGCCUUGUGGACAGCUUGCGGCUCAGCCUACCCAAAGCGGCUGGUGGAGGCGGCGAGAGCUCCUCCCCCGAGGUCGCCGGGGCUGAUCCGGACGAGGUGGAGAAGGCCAAGGCCAAGGCGCGGCAGUUUGCUUGGGGCCGCUAUGCGUGGUUUGCUGGUGCAGGCAUUGCGUUCAUCACCUAUGUCCUGGCUAGCGGUAUCCUCGCCAUUGACUUUGGUGGCGACGACUUGGAUUACGACGAGGAAGAGGAAGAGGAGCACUUCUCCCUCCCUACGUUUGAGGACGGCGAGGAGGACGAGGUUGUCCUCUGAAGUUGAGGUCGAAGAAGCCGAAUAGAAACGCGUCCCAGGGACACUACCACAUGCAUCUGCAC